AUGCGGGACCUCUUGGUGUACGUGAGCGGUAAGAACCGCAGGACGCUAUUCAUCGUCUUGGCCACCUUCGCUUUACUCAAUCUAAUAUACAUCCUCGGCUUCUCCUCAGUAGCCUUGGUAAACGGGCCCAGUUUAACCGCUGGCAUAGGUAUCUGGAAGUUUGGAACUGACCAAGCACGCUACUAUGUGGUGGACGAAGAGUUUGUGCAGAUCAAUCCUAGUCUUCGGAAGAUCGCCAAGUUCUCUGAAGACGUGCCUAUGGGGAAAGCCGAAUUGACACUGGCUCUUAUUGAAAAGUUGGAGAAGAACGGUGGUGAGCUCUUGAAGCAGAUCCACAAAGAUGUCUCUGAUAAGUACACUGAAGAGUACAAGACGAUUCUCAGAACGGACUUGGAGAAACAGAUGCAACAAGAUUAUACGUACCUUUUCUACCAGACGCUUCAAAAGAGUUAUACGCUUCUUGGUGAGCUCAAGGCUAGGUACUUGGAGCUGCACGAGGCUGAGAUCAAACAAGCCAUUGUGUAUGAUUACCUUAAGGAUACGACCGAUAAGGAGCUCAAGGCAAAGUUCAAUGAAGAGACGGUUUUGAAAUUUGACAGACAGAAGUACUUUAAACAUGUGUUUGAUGAUAUCUUGGUGAAGCGCAGCCCACGGAUCACAAAACUCACUCUGGCUGAGGUCGGCAGACCAAUUAACGGAAACUCGUUCCACGAGAUUAUUGAGCCGACCUACUCGAAAAAAUGGCUCAUGAGGAAGAGAGUGACGCUUAGAGAUGACCAGUUUGAAGAGCUCCAGACAACUCACGACCAUGUGGUGAGAGAGCUUCGACUGAUCCCACGACCACCAGAAGAGCUUUAUUCUGGAGAAGGAAUUGCCAUUAGUGCCAAUGGGCUUCACCUUCCGGGAGCGUUGAUGCUUGCAGCGCAGCUUCGCCAGGUUGGUUCUGAAUUACCUAUAGAGAUCGUGCUUGAUACUGAAAAGGACUAUAAUAGAAAGGCGUGCGAGGAGAUUGCACCAAAACUCCUGGCGAAAUGUGUUGUUACUGAACGUGUUUUGGGCCUGGCUACGUUUGAAGUGUUGGGGAAGAAUCCGUUCCAGCUUAAAGCGGUUGCUUUACUCAUGUCUUCUUUUGACCAUACUAUUGCUUUGGACGCAGACAACUUUGUCACGAAGAAUGUCGAUUACUUGCUUACCUCCAAGCCUUACUUGGAAACUAGCUUCAUUCUUUGGCCUGAUAUCUGGCACAAGGGCACUUCGCCAUUGUAUUACGAUAUUGCACGGUAUAAUAUCGGUGAGGUCGUCAAGAGACAGGGAAUCGAUAACACACGUCAAUUUAGCGAUUAUGCUGGCGCAGACCAUGAUAAGGAAAUCUAUUUCCAUGAUUUAGAUGGUACUCCAUCAGGUAGAGGCGUGGAGAGUGGACAAUUGGUGUUCUCCAAACGAGAGCAUUUCCGAAGCCUUGCUCUUGCUACCUACUACAACAUCCACAAGGACUUUUACUACCCGCUUAUUUACCAAGGUGUUCAUGGUUCUGGAGACAGAGAGACGUUUGUACCUGCAUUGCAUGUCAUGAACGAACCAUACUACCUUUGUGAAUUCGAAGUGCAGUUCCUGGGUAUCGACAGACCUGUCCAUGAUAAGCCUGGAGAGACGUUCUUUGACGAAAGUACGCUUGUUCAAAGAGAUCCCCAGGAAUCACAAACGUAUGCACGUAAAUGGCGUACAUGGCUUCGUUCCCAGGGCAAAGACCUGCGGCUCUAUAUGUUCCAGAGGAACGAGUUUACCCGAGACCUUGUCAAACGGUUCAAAGAAGAAACUCCCGAAUCCGAAGACCCAUCAACUAUCUUUCUUCAUGUCCAUAUGCCCAAAAUGAAUCCUCUCUACAACGAGGUUUCUACCAAGGACAGGUACGACUACUCCUCACGGUACAUACGAAAGAUUGGCGACCAAGACCAUCGAAUCGGCAAGGCCGACUACGAGCUUCGAAUCCAUGCCUUAUCUCAAUGGCUUGUUUGUGAAGAGUUCACAGAUGAAGCCUUCUGGAACAGCUACGAGGUGGACCGGAAAGGCCUAUGCGAGAAGAUUACCGAUCUCGUCAAGAGUCUAAAGAAAGACUCCAACGAUUUGGCCGCUGCUGAACUUAAGGUUUUCGACGGAAAGAAACACAUUGAAGGAAAGAAACAGGUUGUUUGA